GACAGGGCACAACAAUUCCUACUGCCAGCAGCAAUUCUAUUCGAAGUUGGAGAUGCCAGCUGAAAGAAAACCGAUGCGCUAUGGCCACUCAGAGGGACACACAGAUGUCUGCUUCGAUGACACUGGGAAGUAUAUAGUCACCUGUGGAAGUGAUGGGGACGUACGGAUAUGGGAGAGUCUGGAUGAUGAUGACCCUAAAUCCAUCAGCGUGGGGGAGAAGGCAUAUUCUUUGGCCCUGAAGAAUGGGAAGCUGGUCACUGCCGGGUCCAACAACACGGUCCAGAUCCACACAUUUCCCGACGGGGAUCCGGAUGGGAUUCUGACCCGCUUCACCACCAAUGCCAAUCACGUCGCCUUCAGCAGCAACGGGUCCAGAGUCGCAGCCGGCUCCAGUGACUUCCUGGUGAAAGUUGUGGAGGUGUCGGAUAGCAGCCAGCAGAAGACGCUACGUGGCCAUGAUGCCCCUGUACUGAGCGUGACCUUUGACCCCAAGGACGAGUUCCUGGGCUCAUCUAGCUGUGAUGGAACUGUAGCUGUCUGGAAAAUUGAAGACCAGGUACAAGUGAAAAACUGGAAGAUUCUUCAGAAGUUUAAUGAUGUCAGCAAUGCCAAGUCUCUGUGCAGGCUUGCGUGGCAGCCAGGUUCUGCAAAGCUGCUGGCUGUUCCCGUGGAUACAGCAGUGCAGCUGUAUGAGAGAGACUCCUGGAACCAUGUGAGCAGCCUCUCCGAUGACUUCGUAACUCAGCCUGUUAACGUGGUGGCGUGGUCACCGUGUGGAAAGUUCCUCGCAGCAGGAACUGUGGGGGGCAUCUUGGCGGUUUGGGAUGUGGAGAGGAAGCUGUGUGUCGAAAGAGAGAAACAUGAGAAAGGCUACACUGUGUGUGGGAUGGCCUGGCAUCCGUCUGGGGGACAGAUAGCCUACACUGACACAGAGGGUUGCCUCGGUCUGCUCGACGGGGUGUCUGCCACCACCUCUUCAUCAGCCGCCACAAAGAGCCUCAAGGCCACAGAAAACAAAGUCGGAGGAGAAUAUGACGACCUGUUUGAUGGGGACGAUGACGGGCUGCUGGGGGAGAACCUGAGUGAGGCCGGCUCGCCUGUGAAGAACCCCAUCGCCGACGAUGAGGACGAUGAUGACCUCAUGCCCUCCACCGGCAGGCCCAGAAACCGUGGCGCUUUCCUGGAUGAUGACGAAAACUCUCAAGAUGCGGGGUCUGUGAAGUUGGGCUCGGACAAAUAUGGGGACGAUGACGGGGCCAGCACCAUUCUGCCGUCCUCGACACCUGCCCCGCCCCGCCCGGUGUACGAGGGGCCCAUGCCCACCCCCCCGCAGAAAGCCUUCCAGCCGGGCUCCACUCCAGUGCACCUCAUGCACCGCUUCAUGGUAUGGAACUCUGUGGGCAUCGUGCGCGGGUACAACGACGAGCAGGACAACGCCAUUGAUGUGGAGUUCCACGACACCUCCGUCCACCAUGCCAUGCACCUCACCAACUCCCUGGGCCACACCCUGGCCGACCUGUCUCAUGAGGCCGUGCUGCUGGCCUGUGAGGGCACGGACGAGCUCGCCAGCAAGCUUCAGUGCCUGCACUUCUCCUCCUGGGACACCAACAAGGAGUGGAUGGUGGACCUGCCGAAGGGGGAGGACGUGAGGGCGCUGUGUUUGGGGCAGGGCUGGGCGGCCGCGGCCACCAGCGCCCUGCUGGUGCGGAUCUUCUCCGUCGGUGGGGUUCAGAGGGAGGUGUUCUGCCUGCCGGGGCCCGUGGUCUGCAUGGCAGGGCAUGGGGAACAGCUCCUUAUCGCCUACCACAGAGGCACAGGGUUUGAUGGGGAGCAGGCCCUCGGGGUCCAGCUGCUGCACUGUGGGUCCAAGAGGAAGCAGGUGAUCCAUGGGGAGCCCCUCCCCCUCUCACGAAAAUCCUACCUUUCUUGGAUGGGCUUUACCGCUGAGGGCACUCCAUGCUUUGUGGACUCUGAGGGUGUUGUGCGCAUGCUAAACCGCUCCCUGGGAAACACGUGGACGCCGGUGUGCAACACGCGGGAGAACUGCAAGGGGAAGUCGGACCACUACUGGGUGGUGGGCGUCCAUGAGAACCCCCAGCAGCUCAGGUGCAUACCCUGUAAGGGGUCACGUUUCCCCCCCACGCUUCCCCGCCCCGCCGUGGCCAUCCUGCCCUUCAAGCUGCCCCUGUGCCAGACCACCACGGAGAAGGGCCAGAUGGAGGAGCAGUACUGGCGUUCUGUGCUCUUCCACAACCACUUUGACUUCCUGUCCUCCAGCGGCUAUGAGAUUGAUGAGGAAGGGAAGAACCAGGCCCAGAAGGAGCAGCAGGAGCUGCUGAUGAAGAUGUUUGCUCUGUCGUGCAAGCUGGAGCGGGAGUUCCGCUGCGUGGAGCUGGCGGAGCUGAUGACGCAGAGCGUGGUGACGCUGGCCAUCCGCUACGCCUCGCGCUCGCGGCGGAUGGCCCUGGCGCAGCGCCUCGGCGAGCUGGCCAUGGAGAAGGCGGCCGCGGCCCAGCUGGAGGAGGAGCAGGAAGAGGAGGAGCCCGAGUACAACAGGACUGGCGCUGAGUACCAUGAAUCGCGACAGUGGAGCAGCAGACAGUCCCAGGAGGAAGAAGGCUGUGAGGAUGAGGAUGGUCAGCAGCAGAUGGAAACUGAAGAAUGCGCGGAGAGAAAGAAACCAUGCCUAAAUCCGUUUAAUAAAGGGGACAACUCGCCAGAAAAACCAUCACCUAAACCUGUGAGCAAAGAAGGGCGUGUGAACCCUUUCAAGGUGUCCGGUUCGGGGAAACCCAACAGCUCGUCAUCAGGUCAACAACGGGUGACCAAUGUCCUGGACUCCAUGACACUGACGAGCAGGAAACCCUCUAUGAUGGGCAGUUCUGGGGCAAAGCAAAGAAAGGACCCAGUUUUGAAGCCCCUGGCACCCAGACCCAAGUCCAAGACCCAGGCUACACUACUGCAGAUGAGUGUCCCCAAAGCCACCAGUAAGAAGCCAGAGGAGAAGGAGCCGAGUGCAGACACACAGAGGAUCACAGAGGGAGCAUCUUCAGCCUCCCCUGCUGACAACAUUGAGAACAGGAAACCAAAGACGGGCUUCCAGCUGUGGUUGGAGGAGAACCGUAAAGGUAUCCUGGCUGACAGUCCAGACCUGGAUGAAAUGGAUGUCAUCAAGGAGGCCAUGGGUCGCUUCCGGGCUUUGUCAGCAGAGGACAGACUGUCCUGGACAGAGAGAGCAAAAGGAGGGCAGUCAAGGGAGGUAGCAGAGCUGAAAAAGAGAAAGCGGGAAGAAGAGAGUGAAGAAGGAAAGGUUAAUGAACAGAAUGAGACAGAGGAGAGCAGCACCAAGAAGAAAAAGGCACUGGACACUUCUGCUAAACUCUCUGCAUUUGCCUUCAAUAAAAACUGA